AUGUCACACGAUAAUAUUGGAAAAGUUGACGAAUUAGUUUCACCAAACAAAAAUGAAUCAUUCAGUCAGUUUCCUCUUGAACACGAAUCCAUGAUUCGUGUUACAGAAGGAGAAGGUGAUCAUGUCUCCAAAGUCUUUGCAGACGAUGCCAAUGAAUGCUUUACUGAGAUGCUUGAUGAAAUAAGUGAUCCAGAUCCAGUCAUGUGCAAUAAUCUCGAGAACGUGGUUACACGUGAUCUGACAUUCGAGGAGCCUUUGCUCCCAGAGAACACGCAAUUGGAGAACAAUCAUCAAGCUCCCACCAUCAAAUUGUUUACGUCCAACUUUACUCGUUUCAACGUGCCUGGACCAUUUCUAGAUGAGAAAACAUUUAAAAUGGAGGAUUUAUGUGCAUUACGCGAUGAUGAACUUGCCAUCAAGAAAGAAUUUGAACAAAAGGAUGAAACAAUCUCCUUUGAAGGGUUACGAUCGAAUGAUAAAUAUCCUGAAGAAUCUCUCUUGCCUAUAAAAGAUAUCAAUUGUGUGCAAGAUGUCCCAAAUUCGAUUUCGGAGAUUGUGUCCUUGGUUCGGCCGGAGGUACUAAUGGACAAGGCAGAUUCGGUCAUCGAAGAUACUGGUGUUAGAGCACCGUUAGAAAUGAUGAACGAGGGAGCGGGUAGGACAAACAAUUUGGAAGAAUCUUUGAACGAUGAUUCUAAAGAGGAUGAAGUGAUACACGACAUUCCCACUUUGAUUCGACUAGAACCGGUAUUGAUACCUGCGGAACAUGAUCUCUUAGAAGAAGUGCAUCAAAGAAAGCGUCGGCAAUAUUUUAGGAAGCAAGAAACUUCAUCAGAAGAUGAUGAUAAAAUCCUUAUUAGGAACGGUUCAGUAAUAUCCGUCAUCAAUAACGUCUUUCCUGAAAAUACAAUAUCAACACCGCCCGAAAACGAAGAACUUCGGAGAGGUCUCGAUAAUGUAACUCAUGCUGAAAUCUUGGGUAACAAAUGGCAAAUGCUUGCGAUGAUGCAAUCUAUGGAUGAAUCAGAACUUUCGUCAUGCCACCCAUUGAAAUAUACAAGUGGCGAGCAGGUCGUGAUUCCCUCUCGCUCUUCAACAUGCGAUUUCCGAACUGUUCCCCACAAAAUUUUGGAACAUGAUCUUCAUUGGAAUCCAAUCAAAACCGCUGCAAAGUUAGGAAUUGUCCAAAUCAUUGCUUUAAACCACACCUCACAUGAUUAUGAUUUGACAGAGAUAAUUCAAGAAGGAAGUAGUUUCCUUGAUUCGGAAAAUUUUCUGGCAUUAGCUGACGUUGAAAUCACCAACAAAGACGAUAAAACUCAUUUAAAAUCAAGGAAAGAAAAGAAAAGGGGCGAAAUGGCAAAACGAUCAGAGAUCCAAAAGAGUGGUUCGACUUUUAUUGCGCCACGAGACAAACCCGCUACUUCAUUUUCUAUUGAUGCGUACGAUAACCAUUCAUUGAGUAAUUCGAGAAGGAAGAAUCCUCCUAUUAAGAGCUCGAAUCAAAAGGAAAAAUCUGUCAAACAAAAUGUAUCUACCGGCAUACAACCAUUAUUACGCAAACCUACCGUUAGAAGAUCUAGAAAUGUUGAUAACCCAAUUCCAGAUAUCAUGAGUUGGAUUAGGAUCGGAAACGAAAAUGAAAAGGCCCCAUCACUAGAAAAUGUCAAUGAUUCUAUUCCCAAUUUGUCUGGGCAAGAUCGUGUUCCUCAAAGGCUUUCAGACCUAAGGAACAAUAAUGAUAUUGAAAACUAUGAUGAUAUUGAAUGUAUCGAUUUAACUCGGGAUACAGAAUCGCCAGCACCAAAGAUUUCAGCACCAGAGAUUCCUACAGUACAUUAUUCUUCUGAGACAUCUCCAUUCUUUAAAAAUAAGAUUUCGUCGCAAAAUAGACAAAACCUUUUUGAUACAACGCUCUUUCCGGAUUCAUUUUCCGCAACUAGAUCAAUUGAUGAUUACAUGCUAUUACGAGGAAAAUUGUCACCAGGAAGGCGACGAGAAGGUGGUCAAAAUCAAAUUAAUUUUUAUUACGGAAUGGAACAUGUAACCCUUAAUUUAACACCUUUAUAUACAGACAAAGCUCCAAGGGCCACUAGUUCACUUGACAAAAUCGCAAGAAAAAUCGUCACCCCAGAUAACGCGACCUCACCAACUUCUCACGUGACUCCCGUUACGAACCAAAGCGUGUCGAUUUUAAACAAGGAUUCCUUUGUCUCCAUUAGCAAGGCUAUACUUGACCGGCUUCCAAAACCCAAAGUCCCUUACAAGUAUAUUGCUUCAGCACGCAUAUUACCGAAUCGUGGACUCUUGACUGCAUUGAAGAGCAGAGAUUGCAAAGUAGAGCUUAUCGAAAGAGAUUUCGAGUACAUGAGGCCUUUCUUGUCGGAAAGAGAAUCAGAUGCUAUUCAUGUGGACGUCGAUAUCAUUAUCGACGAACGAACCGGAGCCAUAUUUUAUCCACUAAAUAAGCUUGCUCAAGGUCAAGUGGUUUCGAAGCUUGUGCAAACCGUAAACCGCCUUCGUUUGAAGUACACGAAUUUGUAUCUGAUUCUAGAAGCAUACACGUGGAAGAAUCGGCCUGCGAGUAAUAACACGGAGCAUACUAUAACCGCAUAUCCUUUUACCUUACCGACAUUAAGGGCGAUUUCCGAGUUACAAUCGAUAUUGAUGUGCAGUAAUUGCGAUGAUGUGCAAGUAAUGUUUUCGUUGUGCGAAGAAAUGUCCGCCAAAUUGUUGAGAAUGAUAGGCAAUCGUUGCGCCAUGCAGUGUGAUGAACUAGGAAUCAACAAGCGUGGAUGGAAGGAUCACAAGCAAUGGGAGUCGAGAGAUUGGAUGGCCAUGGAAGAAAGUUUGGUUAGAUUUUUCGUGAUUCUCAAAUUUUUAACUUUGACGAAAUCAUUUUAA